GCCGGCGUGAGUCACGGCGGGGCUAGCCUUUAUAACGGCCCCGAGGCUCGCGGGAGCCGCCGCGCCCGUCCGCCUGCCGCUCCGCGCUCCACCCAGCGCGCCCCGGCCCCGAGCCCCCAACCGCCUCCGGCGGCCGCCCAGUCCCGAGGGCGCCAUGAGAAGCCCGCGCUGCGCCCCACUCCUGCUCCUCCUGCUGCUGCCGCCGCUGCUGCUCACGCCCCGCGUCGGGGACGCCGCCGUGAUCACCGGGGCUUGUGACAAGGACUCCCAAUGUGGUGGAGGCAUGUGCUGUGCUGUCAGUAUCUGGGUUAAGAGCAUAAGGAUUUGCACACCUAUGGGCAAACUGGGAGACAGCUGCCAUCCACUGACUCGUAAAAACAAUUUUGGAAAUGGAAGGCAGGAAAGAAGAAAGAGGAAGAGAAGAAAAAGGAAAAAGGAGGUUCCAUUUGUUGGGCGGAGGAUGCAUCACACUUGCCCAUGUCUGCCAGGCUUGGCCUGUUUACGGACUUCAUUUAACCGAUUUAUUUGUUUAGCCCGAAAGUAAUCGCUUUAGAGUAGAAACCAAAUGUGAAUAGCCACAUCUUAUCUGUAAAGUCUUACUUGUGAUUGUGCCAAACAAAAAAUGUGCCAGAAAGAAAUGCUUUUGCUUCCUCAACUUUCCAAGUAACUUUUUUAUCUUUGAGUUUUAAAUGAUUUUUUUUUUUUUUUAAAUCGGGAAUUUUACUUUUGGAUAGAAAUAUAAAGCGUAAGGCAUUGUGGAACUGGUUCUCAUUUCCCUGUUUGUGUUUUGGUUUGGUUUGGCUUUUUUCUUAAAUGUCAAAAACAUACCCAUUUUCACAAAAAUGAGGAAAAUAGGAAUUUGAUAUUUUGUUGGAGAAACUUUUUUUUUCCUCACCAUCCCAAGCCCCAUUUGUGCCCCGCCACACAUACGUACAUACAUACAUACAUACAUACAUACAUACAACUUUUGGUCCCUUGCCUCUUCCACCUCAAAGAAUUUCAAGGCCCUUACCUUACUUUAUUUUUCUCCAUUUCUCUUCCCUGCUCGUGCAUUUUAAAGUGGUAGGUUUAUCUCUGAGUUUCAUGGCAGAAUCGCUGAUGGGAAUCCAGCUUUUUGCCGGCUAUUUAAAUAGUGAAAAGAGUUUAUAUGUGAACUUGACACUCCAAACUCCUCUCAUGGCGUGGACGCUGGGAGUGCUGCCGGACCCUUCCUAAACCUGUCACUCAAGAGGACUUCGGCUCUGCUGUUGGGCUGGUGUGUGGACAGAAGGAAUGGAAAGCUAAAUUAAUUUAGUCCAGAUUUCUAGGUUUGGGUUUUUCUAAAAAUAAAAGAUUACGUUUACUUCUUUUUCUUUUUAUAAAGUUUUUUUUUCUUAGUCUCCUACUUAGAGAUAUUCUAGAAAAUGUCACUUGAAGAGGAAGUAUUUAUUUUAAUCUGGCACAACACUGAUUACCAUUUUUAAAUCGGUAUUAAGUUGUAAUUUAAACGUUGUUUGUAACCGAAAGGUCGAUUGUAAUGGAUUGCCGUUUGUACCUGUAUCAAUAUUGCUGUGUAAAAAUUCUGUAUCAGAAUAAUGACAGUACUGUAUAUCAUUUUAUUUUAAUAGUAUAUCCUUAUUUUUGUCACGGGUGUUGUCAGUUUUUAUUAUAAGCAGAUUUCUAAAUAGGCUAUGUCCCAACAUGGAGAAAGACCCCAAGGUUGGUAAAAUAGCCCCAGAGAUAUGUGCAUUUUCAUCUUACAUACAGCAGAAUUCUGUUUGCAUGGAUUUUAAGGUAGUUCAAAAAAUAAACAAUGUGUAAAUCAGUGGGGUUUUGGAGCGUGAAGGAAAAGGAUGCCAUGCAAAACUGAUGGUAAUCAGGAAUGGACUCAUGGGACUUAAGUGUAUUGACUUGGCAAAGAGUGAUGGGAGUGUGUGUCUCGGGUGGUUAGGCAGGGUGCUAGGUGCUACCACAUGGUGAUGCCAAUGUAGGCUGGCCUUGAAAACCCACCGGCCGGGUGCGGUGGCUCAAGCCUGUAAUCCCAGCACUUUGGGAGGCCGAGACGGGCGGAUCACGA